AAACCGACGUUGUGAGCAUGUGCCCGGCCCGAGAAUCAACCGGUCCCAAUAAUGUUACGAGUGUUUUUUACAAAUAAACAGUUAGAAAAAUGGAUUCGAACUCCUCUGACUGGGCGGCAAACGAGACUGUAAAUCAGCUGGCCAGUUUAAUAUAUCAAGAUGUAUUGAGUGUUGCUAAUUUCACAAACGAUAGUGAUGUGCAUCAGGUACAAAGUUUCGAUCUGUACGAAGCAUACAAGACUACGGAGCGCGAACAAUUGCUAACAUACAAAUGGGUGGCUUACUUUCUGGGCACGCUUAUUAUACUGAGUAACUUGACUGUGGUGAUAUCCAGUGGACUAAUAAUAAGAAAAGGUCAACAACCAAAAAGCACGUACUUGCUGCUAGGCAAUGUUUCCUUGGCCGACACCAUAAUUGGCAUGUCUAUCAUCUUCGGUGCUAUCGUCGACAAUACCCUGGGCUCCAACCAACUAUGCAUCUUUCAGCUUGGUAUGAUCGUGUGCCCUGCCAUGGUCUCCAUCUUCAGCGUAGGUCUGAUCGCAAUUGAUAGAUAUAUUUAUAUUAUACACGGGUUGUAUUACCAAAGGUGGUUCAACACCACCAGAGUAAGAAUCGGCAUCAUCUGCAUUUGGAUGAUCGGUAUCACUCUGGCAUUUGUGCCUGCCGCCGGUUGGACUAACCAUGACCCAUUGUCUUCAUUGUGUUUAUAUGUUUCCGUUUUCCCUAGCGAACUAGUUGUGUUUAACUCUGUUCUCAGUAUCAUACCUAUAAUAAUUGUUACCGUUUUGUACUGCAUAAUUUUAGUUCAGGCUUUGAGGAAUUUAAGAAAUAUCAAAGCUACAAGUGUUUCACUUAAUCGUACUGACAUAGAGGCCGAAGAAAAGCCUAAACUGAGAAUAUAUCGAGGCACCACCAAAACAGUAUAUAAUAAGACUGCUAAUAAACAAAACAACUGUAAAUUAAAGAGAAGCGCUUCAUUUCAUUGUUGUGAUCACAAAAUGAUUGGUGCUCAACCUAGGACCAAUUCAAUUAGGUCCAAAAGUACGGAUGAUAUUAUUAUGAAUACGCACGGAUUCCAAGAAUUUUUUAAUAAAUUACAAAUACAAAAAAGAAGAGAGCGUGAAUCGAACUUUAGUAUAUGCACCAUCGAAUCGCGUUCUACUAUCGGAAACGCAUUUAGAAGGACUACCGAAGGCUCAAUAGCAACGUUGGAAGGAAGGUCUCGUAAAAGCGUGUCCAAAGUGAGAGGACCUUCGAAAUUGCGGGCUGUAACCGUCGUUAUGUUAACAACGGGCAGUUUCAUAAUUACUUGGAUGCCGUUUUUCACAAUAGUGAUACUUUUCGAAUUUUGCGGAGAGAAACGCGAAAAUAAACGUUGCUUGUACUAUUCGCAUUUGAUAAGCGGACCUGUAGCUGUGUUGGCUUUUACCAAUAGUUUUUUGAACCCUUUGAUUUACGCUUGGUGGCAUAAGGGUUUCAAAAAAUCAAUAAAAAAUCAUUUUAUACGGUUUAAGCAAAGAUAUAUAUUGGCUAAGAGUGUGAAAAAUAAAAGUUUCCGUAACUUUUGA